ACGCAGGCCAUGCCCGGGGACUCCCCAGCAUUGUGGGAGCUGGUGGAGGAGCAUGUUCCACUCCCGGAGCGGCCUGAAGUGAAGAGGAUUCUGGGAGAGGCAGCAGUGGACCUGAGCCUGGAGUUGCGAGAGGAGGUGGGAGUCCGGUGGGUGGGGGCGGGUCACAUUCCAGGCCUGCCCUGCAACUUGAGUGAUUUCCCACCACCACCAGGUCAGGUCCCUAGCUCUAUUUGGUGACCCCCUAACACCUUGUUCUCACUGCCCUCGCUCUCUUCUGUUUAGCUCCUCCCAUCCCUUGACAACCCCCAGCCAAGACACACAGACCCAUCCCCUCUGCCCCGUGGCAAGGUACCCCAGCUCUCCUUACAGGUGGCGAUGCUAAAGGCGCUGCUCCAAGACAUCCAGUCUUCUCAAGUCUCUGACUCUCCCUCCCUACUGGCACCACCCCCCCUCCUGAGGGACCUCAUGCGCCAAGAACUCCGACAGUUGCUCCAAGGCCUCCGUCUUAAGGCUAUCAGUGAGGGCAGGGACCAGACCCAGAUGUGGGCCCAGUAUAGUCCCAGGGUCCUUCGCUUUGCCCUAGAGGAGCCCAGGUCUGAGUCAACACAACAGGAUCCAUUCCCGAUGAGAGCUGGUGAGCCCAGGACUGGAAUGAGCAGUACAGAGAGGGUGACGCUAACCUCACCCGUCAGCAGCUGCCCCAGGGACCUCACCGUCAUCAAGGACCAACUGAAUGUGUCUAACAUUGACCAGGUUGUCAGACACCUGAGAAGCCUCCUGGAGGAGGAGUGUCACAUGUUGCAGAAAGAGAUCACUCACCUGCAGCACUGUCUGGAAAUGGAGCAGAUGCAGGCUCACCAGCCCUCCAAGGAAGCCCUAAUGCCCACCCUGGGAGAGAUAAAGGAUCAGAAGAAGGCAAUGGAACAGGAGCUACAGAUCUCUCUGGGGCCUUCCUAUACAGCUGCCAAGCACAGGCAGAAGUCUUUGAGGCCAUCCAUUCCCGGCCCUAGACCCCUUCCUUGUCUCCAUGGCUACAUGCCUACACCUCCUUCGGAGCGCUGCCCCCACCCUCAAGGUCAGGCAAGCACCCGCCGCUGGGGCCGGCAACUUCGGUACAGCUAUUGCAAAGAGACAGCUUCCACAUCAGUUUCCAGUGCAGCAUCCCAGGCACCGACCUGAAGGGCUGCUCACAAAACAGGCUUCUGCUUCUGCUGAGACUCGCCCAUCUGUUGUUGCUUCCAGCUGCCACAGCUCCGUUUCUGCUCCAUUCUCGGAUGAGCUCACAUGGCCCCGCCAUCCCCCCACUCCCCCAAGCUGUGUGUUGAUCUGGUCCCGGCCCCACCCCUUGUCGGGUCACUGCUUUCUAGAACGGAGUGUCAGGACACCUGUUCUAACUAUCAAAGCCUUUGGCCCCUUCUCCUCCACACAAGCCUCCACAGAGGCUUGGAGGACAGAGGUCCCAUCCCAGCUCAACUUUUGUCCCCUAGGGACCCAGACAAAGCACAUCAGCAGCUCAGAGACAGGAAUAGAAAUUUCAUUAAAACCUACGGACUUUAAAACCCGAGUGCUGCACGCUGGGCAGCGGCGGGCGGCACACCGUUAUUGCUACAGAGGAUUAGAAGGGGCUUGGCCAGGGCUGUCACUGCAGAGGGCACAGAGGACGGACACACGGACUGCAGGUCUUGGGAGAAGGUGCUCUGACUGCAGAGGGGGGACAGGCACGUGGGCUGGGGCCAUUUGGCACAUUGAAUGGGGUUAGCACGUCUGGGAAGACUGGGCCUUCAACCUGGUGGAGGGUGGGCAAGGGAAUGCUGUGCAGGGUCCCCUUCCCCAGGGCUCUGGGCUCAAGCUUUCUACAGAUAAGUCCCCUUCUUUCCCUCCAUAAACAAGUGCUUUGGGCAGGCUGCUGGGUCAUGGCCUUUGCUGGCUGGGCCUGACAACCAGGAUUGGAACAAAGGACAAGGGACCCUGGAGCAGCCAAGUGAGGUGCAGGCAGGCCUGGAAGACAGACUGGACCCAAGGCUGGGGCAGGGGGGUGGCAACCACAGGUAAUACAAUUUUUUAAAAAAA